AUGGCUGGGUUUCUGGUUUUCGGACCUAGCUCACAGCAAGCCCCUGCAUCUUCCCUCUCUCAGAAGUCUUGCCUGAUGACAGACUCAGAGGAGUUGAAGUGGGAUACCAGAAUCACAUGUGUCAAGGUUCCUGCCAAAACAAGCUUGAACACACCCAGCUUCAGCACUGGGAAAUCUGGAGGAGCAGCAAAUUUAGUAAACACAACUGGCUCAAAGAAGGGCCAGAAUGCAGUGUUCCAUCCUAAGGAAUCAAACAGCUCAGGACAGCACUCUACACAAAAACUUGAACUCAGAAGAAAGGAUGAAAAUGAAGAAUUUCAGAUGCACAACUUGAAAGGAAGAAAGGGUCAGACAUACAAAGAGUUCAGUGAGACUGAGGAUGAUGACUACCUCUAUUGUGAGAAGUGUCAGACAUACUUCCUGAAGAGCUGUGCUGCUCAUGGAUCCUCCGUGUAUCUACAGGACAAUUCAGUGGAUAAGGGACAUCCUAGUCGUGCUCUCCUCAGUGUGCCCACUGGACUACGAAUUGGCCCAUCGAGCAUUUCGGAGGCUGGGCUUGGAGUAUUUAAUGAAGCAUCUGAUCUGCCUUUGGGGCUGCUUAGUCCUUUUGAGGGCAAGAUCACAGAAGUGGAUGAGGAAGCUGGCAGUGGAUACAGCUGGAAGGUAGCUAAAUUCAGGAUCAGCUAUCAGUACGUGGAUGGAAACGAUACUUCUUUGGUCAACUGGAUGAGAGCUCUUUCUGUUCAUAAAGAAUGUAAAGAAGGAAAUUCUACCCUGAAUGAUCAGAGUUCUUUUCAACACAAGAAGAUAGCCACAAGUAACUUUUCAGACAAAGUGCCAGGGAUCCAAGUGAAGGCUGUGGGGGACAGAGAAGUACAGGGAAACAUGAAUGAAGAGGACAUCCUCAAAGGAUAUAGUAGAGGUCCUGAGGUCUAA